GGUGGGUAUGGGCACUGCCUCGCCUGGACUUUGGUCCUGGCCGGUGCCCUGUGCCAGGGAAACCAGGGGCCAACUGUGGGCAUGGAGGUGGCCCUGGGACCUUGGGAGCCACCGUGCGUGGAGCUGGGGCCAGGCCUGCCCUUCUGCCUGGGGGUGCAGAUCCGACUGCGGUGCCAGAAGGGGAUCCCACCCUCGCUGCGGGGCCGAGCCUGGCAGUACCUCUCCGGGAGCAAGGUCAAGCUGGAGCAGAACAUUGGCAAGUUUGACGAGCUGGAUCUCCUCCCGGGGGAGCCGAAGUGGCUGGACGUGAUCGAGCGGGAUCUCCACCGGCAGUUCCCCUUCCACGAGAUGUUUGUCUCGCGUGGAGGCCACGGGCAGCAGGACCUGUUUCGGGUGCUGAAGGCGUACACGCUGUACCGCCCGGAGGAGGGCUACUGCCAGGCCCAGGCCCCCAUCGCCGCCGUCCCGACCCUGUCCCUUGGCUUGCAGCAAGCGUUCUGGUGCCUGGUGCAGAUCUGCGAGAAGUACCUGCCUGGCUACUACAGUGAAAAACUGGAGGCCAUUCAGCUGGACGGGCAGAUCCUUUUCUCGCUGCUGCACAAGGUCUCGCCGGUGGCCUACAAGCACCUGAGCAAGCAGAAGAUCGACCCCAUCCUCUACAUGACGGAGUGGUUCAUGUGCGCCUUCUCCCGCACGCUGCCCUGGAGCUCUGUGCUGCGCGUCUGGGACAUGUUCUUCUGCGAAGGUAGAAGGNNNAUUUUCCGGGUGGGCCUGGUGCUCCUCAAACACACCCUGGGCUCCUCGGACAAGCUCAAGUCCUGCCAGGGCCAGUAUGAGACCAUGGAGAGGCUGAGAGCCCUCAGCCCCAAGAUCAUGCAGGAGACCUUCCUGGUGCAGGAG